UUUAUGUGAAUUUCUAAAUCCAAAUACAUGUGAAAAGUUUUGUAAAUGUCUCCAAGUUGACUUGGGUCAAGAACAUGAGCGCGAUGUUUCGUCACUAUAGCAACGGAUGUAAACGGAAGGUAGCAGGUAUCCGUACUGCAACUGAAACAUGGCUGUUGAGGUAGAAAAUUCAGCUACGCAGCAGUGUUUGAUCAUGGCUCGGCUGAAUUCUCUCGUUUAAGUACAUGGAUUGCUUCCAAGACACUCUGACUCUUUUGAUGGAAUAUCCCUGACUUAAUGUGUUCUGUGGAUAAAGGCUUGCUCACCAUGCGCUCAUGUAGAAUUCCUGUGACCUAUUCUCCAUGGCUUCCGGAGGCUCUUCGCCCCGCGAGGGCCGCAAGAGAAAAAAGAAGAGUGACGGGAGCGUGAGAGGCAAAAGCAAAAGUCGGAGCGCAGAUGCAUCACAGGUCCAAGCAGACAUUGAUAGGUUUACAUCCUCGGGGCACAAUGCGCUUAAGCGAAAGGACUAUGUCGAAGCUAUAAACUGCUUCAAGAGGGCCUACAAAGCAGCAACAGAGACGAAGGAGACCAAAGCCCACCGAGCAUGUGCCUUCAACCUGGGUGCAGCGUACGUGGAGGCGGGGAAGCCCCAGAAGGGCCUGGAGUACCUGCAGAAGGCCCAGCCCGGUGAGAAGAAGGAGCGGGUGGCCGACCUGCAGUACAACCUGGGCGUGGCGCACGAGGCGUUGGAGGACCGGGCCCAGGCGUCCACACACUACUUCCAGGCCGCCCAGCUGUACCGCGCCCAGGGGGAUGGCAGCACCGAGGGGGACACCUGCAUGAAACUGGCCCUCUGCCACCUACACUUGAAGGACUGGAGUCAGGCAGCCCAGGUGUACCAGAGGGCCGCCGAGAGCUACCGGGUGGCGGGUCGUCUGGACUCGGCAGCGCUGGCCCUGAAGGAGGCCAGUACCCACAUGCUAGAGUCCGACAGCUUCACAUCGGACGACGUCAUCUCCAUGCUCUCCCAGUGCCUGGAGCUCAGCGUCAGCAUCAAACAACCAGACACACUCGGUAAGCUGUACAACGAGCUGGGUCUGAACUUCUCGCAGCUGAAGAUGUUUGCGGAGGCGGCCGAGUGUUACGAGCAGGCGCUGCCCCUGGUGCGGUCCAAACCCCGCCGGCUGGCCGUGGUGCUCCAGAACCUGGGGGCCGUCCACAACACACUGGGCCAGUACCAGCAGGCGCUUGACUUCCACAGGGAGGCCGCAGCCUUACACGGCUCGCAGGGCUCUCGUCGAGCACAGGGCCGGUGCUUCAGUAACCUGGGCUUUGCUCACACCCAGCUGGGGGAACUGGAGGAGGCCGGGGAGAGCUACCUUCACGCUCUGCAGGCCUUCAAAGACACAGAUGACUGUAUGGGCCAGUGGCAGGCCUGUGAAGGUCUGGGGGAAAUACGCCUGCAGCACAGAGAGCCUGACAGGGCCACGGUCUACUACAAACAGGCCCUGGGCAUGCUGUCCAAGUGCAAGGACUCUGAUGGUGCUGUGCAGGAGCGACUGGUCAAUAAGCUGAGCGAGGCCCUGCAGCUGAAGCUCUCACUGCAACAGAGGGCCCCCCCUCCUCGCCGAGGAGGACCCCCAGACCACAAUCACCGCAGACAGCCUCGAAGAGUGCCAGAUGGAAGUGGGGGUGAACCUUCUCAGGGUCGUCCUGUCAGGAGAGAUCGAUUAAACGACCACAAGGCUCAGAACGGGUUUGUAGUCGGGCCGGCGGUGUCCGCGUCUGGGCCAGAUGUGGACCAGAGGCCACACGGAGAGGCGGUGAUCAUCCACGCGCCAGCACACUCCCAUCCUGGAGCACCUCACAGCACACAACAGGACUACCUGGCCGUACACACAGACGCCAACAGGAAUCUGAAUAACACCUAUGAGCAGGCCGACACUGACAGCCAGGACCUGCCCAAGGCAGAGGAGAGCACAGAGACACAGCCAAGUGACCACAUUGAAGCUAUCCAUCAAACCACAGUGGAUAAGAAUGAGCUGUCAGUGGUCCAGAGUGUUCCCGGGGACUCUGCAACUAGCAGAAGUGCUUUCCCAGCGCUCGUCAGACUCAAGUCCAGAUUCUGCAGUGUUAUGUGACUUGUUCUCCACCUGCAUUGAAAUUGUAUUGUUAUUAUGUAACGUAUGAAACAAUUAUUUGUAUGUAUGUAUGUAUUAAUUAAUUAAUUUAUUUAUUUAUUUUACUUUUUUUGUAUUCGUUAAUGAAUUUGAGCUCUUGUAAAUUAUGUUGUAUAGUUGUAAUACAUUGGACUCCUCUCACCUUCUUCCACCAUUCCACUUAACAUCAGCGUUAACCAUAUGGAAAUAUUCACAUGUACGAAAUCUGCUUACUCUGUCGUCCAAAAUGUCACAUCUCUGCGAACGCCGCUAGUUCCUUUGGGGUUGGCAUUUAUUGUUCACCUUUGUGUCACAAAGGUGCUGAUGGUAGACUGACCAGAGUAUGUGUUGGAAAAAGCCAUGCCAAAUUAGCGCCAUUUGACCAAAAAUAAUGACCAUGUGCGGUAUUGUUAAUUAUCAGGCAUCAUUUGCAUAUGAAUGAAUAGCUAACAUUGGCUGGGACCUCUCUGGGCAGACUUUGAUAACAUAUUCAGGUCAGAGCUGUGACCAGAUUUUUAAAACACACAUUAGCCCUUUCGGGUUUUUAAUUACAGCCAAGUUCACUCUUUUGCUAUGGCAAUGUUUUAAUGAUUCACUGCAGUUUCACUGUAUUUUACAGUCCUUGUAAAUUAAGUACAAAAUCUGUUAUAGCAUUUAAGAUUAUGUUCUCCUUGCAAUGUGUAUCAUAGUUAGGGCUAGGGAUACAGUGUAGGCAGCCUACGUAAUAUAACAUGUUGGCACUACAUGAGACAUAGCCUACUACACUUCAAAAAACUGUAACUGUAAACUAAAGUGUUACUAGCUUAAUAGCUCUUGUGUUGGUUAUGUGCACAAUGACAGAGCAUUGUAAUGAAUGGGAGCAUUGUACCCUGUGUAUUGGUUCAUACUGUAAGUGUUUGUUAAUUCUGAAGUAUGUCUUUUUUUAACCGCACUUUCAUCACGGGUUUGACUUUGUACUGAAAUACAUUUAGUCUUCCAGUACACAUUGCUGACAAUGAAAGGUGGCGAAACGCAAUUGACUCGAGUUUUCCCGAAUGAACUGUGAUGCAUUUUGAAAUGGGCAGUCACUCACUCCUCCAAUGACGCACCGCAGGCGUUUCAGCACUGGUGCGCGGAGGACAGCUCCGCUGCAUUCUUUGGCGCGCUCUCUCUUUGGCGACCACCAACAGGACUAUGCGCUACGGCACUCGGGAAACUGCUGCACUCUCAGCAGCACGGAACACGGACAGAAGGCUGCUUGGAGAACAGCCGAAGAAAACAUCAGUUACGGAUAUACCAAUAGAAUACUGAACAGUUUCCUUUUUUACAGUUUGGACUUCUUGUACAUUCACAACGACCCGGUAUUUUUAACAGUAAUACCACUUAAGAGGACUCCAAAUUGCGCCGAAUUAUCCCUCAUGACACUUAUUUUCAUAAGGAUUAAUGAGCUGCUAUGCGGAAUGCGAGGAGAUUCAUGAAAUGAACCCGGAUUCUGUGACUGAAAAGACUGAAGCAGAGCACAAGGUGAGGAAUAGGCUACGGCAGACACUUUUCAAUUUUGUUUCAGUGGUCAGAAUAUUAUUAGGCUAUGUUUGGUA